CCUCGUGAAGCAAUUCUCUUAUGUUUUCUCUACCAAAUACACACUGACGAUUUUACAGACUCGGUCCCGUUCUGGUCUCUCGCGUCCUCCUCAACGUCCGAGCUGCAGCGCGGUCCACACGCGGAGAGCAGUCCCAAGCGCCCUCCUUUGUCCGAUCGCAGCAUGGGCUCCAGUCACAAGCGGACGUCGAGAACAUGUCGUUCGAAUUGAACAUCCUCAGCAGCACCGAACAAGCACGGGAGACCGAUCACACUCACCCACAAGGCUCUAUUGAGCAUAAUCAAAUUAUUGCCGAACCGCGCGGCAUGGCGGACAAUGUUGCAAUCGCCGACGAUUCUCAUCAGGACGUGAACGAGGAAGAGCGAAUGGGCGAAGUGGAGGAGGAGAUGAUGUCGGAUGAGGAGGACUACGUGUGAGGGGAGAGAAUGGACCUCCAGGCCGAGCUGUCACAUUCACGAUUAUUGCGUGCUUGCU